GUGACGUUCUCCAGUCGCUUGCUUCACGCCGCUUCUCAUCAUUCGACGUCACUUCCGAUGCAAUUCACGUUGUUUUGGGUGAAAGUUGUUUGUAAACGCAACACAAAUAAUGGUUGUACUGCUUAAAUGAAUUACCGAAUCAAAUGUAGGACGGACGUUGUUUAUAUCACAUUACAGAAGUGCCCUGUUUCACUGAGCUGUAGAGGAAACCGGCGUUUAAAAGGACCGAGUUGUAGUAACGUUACGACAAUAACAGCAAAGUCGCCGGUGUUGUUACAUGACAACUGUCAAAGCUCACAGGCGACUAUUUUCUGCUUUUUUGUCACAAAUUACAUCAUAAAACCGACCAAAAAGAAUGAUCAAGAGUUUACCCAUAAAUGUUCAAGCACAGCUGCGCUCUGGUGUUGCUAUUUUCUCAUUGCAGCAGUGUGUGGAGGAGCUCAUAUUAAACAGCAUUGAUGCUGGAGCAACAUGUGUGGCUGUCAAAAUAGACAUAGAGGCCUGCAAGCUUCAGGUCAUUGACAAUGGCUCAGGAAUGUGCCUGGAGGACAUGGAGAAAGUUGGACUACGCUACAACACAAGCAAAUGCAGCUCCCUGGAGGAUUUGGAUAAUCUUCAUUUUUAUGGUUUCAGAGGAGAAGCCAUUUCCAGUAUAGUUUCCCUUGCAGAAAUGGUGGAAAUAUCAUCUAGGACUAAGCAGUCUGUGAAAACGUAUGUUAAAUCCUUUAAUGAAACAAAUGCAUUGGAGGUUUUCGAAGCUCAAACUGUUCGCCCUUCUGCAGGGACGACCGUCUCAGUCUACAAUCUCUUCCACAACAUGCCAGUCCGUAGAAAGCGAAUGGAUCCUGUUUUAGAAACCGAACGAAUCCGUCAGAGAGUGGAGGCCAUAUCUUUAAUGCAUCCAUCUGUGUCAUUCACAGUGAAAAAAGAAAAUUCAGCACACAUGAUGGUGCAGCUCUCUAAAACAAGCAGUACCUAUUAUAGGUUUGUCCAAAUUCAUGGCUUAAAUCGAGCCCAAAAGCUUGGAGAAGUCAAUUAUGAGCACGAGCAGUUCCAAAUAACCGGUCAUAUAGGCCGUGAGGGCCAUUACAACAACAGUUUGCAAUUUUUAUUUGUAAAUGAGAGGCUUCUUCUAAAGACACGCAUUCAUAAAACACUAAACUGCCUUUUAAAGAGAGUAAGCGGUGCUGCAAGGCAAAACAACAGCCCAACCUCAUAUCCGGUAACAUCCAGCCCCAAACAGAAGGGAGGAUAUGAUCUCCAUGGCAUUUAUGUGAUAAAUAUCAAAUGUCAUUACUCAGAGUAUGACAUAUGCCUCGAACCAGCCAAGUCUCUGAUAGAGUUCAAAGACUGGGAUAAUGUGCUCAUCUGCAUUGAAGAAGGGGUAAAGGCAUUCCUUACUAAAGAAAACCUGGUGUCGGAGUUAAACACGAUCAGUAAUGAUGGUCUACCAUGUAGUCCAGUAAGAAAUGCAGAAAGCUCAGAAAAACAAAAGCGCAGUUCUGAGGAAACAAAUGAAGCAUGUGAAACGAUGAUUGAGAAAAAUGAUUCAAGUGUUGUGGACGUCGCUGAUGGUGUGCAAAUGUUAGAGCAGGAAUCAAUAUACACUGAAUCGGAUGCAGGAAAAGCACUUCAGAGUGAAGAUUUGCCUUUUCAGACCACACUUGUUGGUGCUGCUGAAAUUAAUAACAACCACAAAGAAGAUGAAAAUGCAGUUUGUUCAAAUAUAAGCCAUACUGAUUCACCGCUUGCUGUAAACAAAAAUGUAAUGGGAAGCAAAUCGCACAAGAUUUCACUUCCAGAAGCACAAGAUAGUUUGCAGAAAUUCUACACCCCAAAUAAAACCUCUCCAAAAAAGAGAAGGAUGCCGUUAAAUGACACCGAAGAAGACAAACAUGUUUUUUAUGGUGGUCCCUCAAAGACAUUUAAAGCUACACCACCUCGUAAAUUAACCCUGUCUUUUGAAACGGGAUCUCUUGACAAGUUCAAAAGGUUGUUUGGGAAAGAGGCUGAGAAAAAACAACCAAGCACAGAAAAAACAAGCCUUCUAAAUCCAAAUCCCAAUGACCGCUUUGUAGGAUCUACAUCGUGUUUGGAUGAUCUACACCAUCCAGUAUUGAGGAACAGUUCAGGUCAUCCUACUACACACAGAUCUACUGAAUCUUCAUCGCUGAACAAGAAAAACAAAAUAUCAUUAGCUGCCAAAUGUUCCUAUUUAAAACAGGACAAAGAGCUCUGCAGAGAUUCAAACUUCCUUAAACGGGACCUUUCAUCUUUCCCACCCUCACAAGACUCAUGCUUUGAAGAAUUAGAAAAAACCCUCUUAGAUGAAGAUGUUUUAUUUGGAUCAUCUGGAAUUGUUGAUUCUGUUGACUUUCCUCUUAUUGAACAGGACACAGCAUUACCAUCUGUUGCAGAAGAAUCGCACCUCUUCAACAACAAUGUGACUUUCUUUAUUGGAAAUGAGAGCAGUGUUGAUGAAGCCAGCGUUGCCUCUCAGCGUGAUCCUCAACACAGCAUUGCAGGAAAUGAAGGUCAGACUACAAACGAAAGUGUUGAAUCAAUCCCAGUGUCCAACAGCUGGUUGGCUCAUUACGAUAGCUGGUUAGGAAAGCUGGUUUAUAUCAAUCAAGUAACAGGGCUCAGCAAGUACAACUCUCCCCCUAUGGAGGAGACUCAAGUGCCAUGUACCACAGAUGUCACUAACAUGGCGGUCAGUGUUAUUUCAAAAGCAGGCUUUGAGUACAGGUGUUAUCCAUUUCAAUCAGACAUUGUACUUCCCUUUCUGCCCAAGCCCAGAGCAGAAAGAGCCUUUAACUCAGGGACAGACAGCAGAGAGGAUGCCCAAGCUCCCGAUUCACUGUCGACUUUAUUCUCAGAAUGGCACAACCCUGUGUUUAUACGACCACCAGAGGUUGCUGUUGAUGUAACCAGCGGCCAAGCAGAGGGUCUUGCUGUAAAAAUCCACAAUAUUCUUUUCCCCUACCGUUUUACCAAGAAUAUGAUCCACACAAUGAGAGUCAUCAAUCAAGUAGACAAGAAGUUUCUUGCUUGUUUGAUAAAUACAGCAGGGCAGAACACCUCUGAAAGCAGUACGGAUGAAGGGAAUCUUCUAGUGCUGGUUGAUCAACAUGCUGCCCAUGAAAGAGUUCGACUAGAGGGUUUAAUAGCAGACUCUUACGAGGAUGACCCAGACACACCUGGAAAAAAAAGGCUGUGUUCCUCACGUGUAACCCCACCUUUGGAGAUUAAUGUAACCGAGGAGGAAUUGAGACUUUUGAGGUCUUGUCAGGGUUUCUUGAGAGGUCUUGCGUUAGAUGUGAGGUUUCCGAAAAGUGAGUCACUGAGUGUGUUUUUGGAGAGUCUGCCCACAUGUUUCAUAGAGAAAGAAAGCACAGAGCUCCGCCGUGGAAGGCGCUCGGUAAUUAAAACCAUUGCAGAGGACUAUCUGCGAGAACACAUUGAGCUUUUUCGGUCAACAGGAAGAGUGAGAGGAAUUCUGCCUCUGACAGUACAUAAUGUGCUUGCCUCACAGGCUUGUCAUGGAGCAAUUAAAUUCAAUGACGUUUUGAAUAAAGAGGAGUGCUGUAGUCUGGUGAGCUCGCUUUCCUCUUGUCGGCUUCCUUUUCAGUGUGCUCAUGGAAGACCCUCCAUCGUCCCUCUGGCAGAUCUGCACCACCUGGAAGAACAGCAGGAUAUUCCCAAACCAAAUCUGAAGAAACUAAGAAGAAUGUACAAGUCAUGGCAGCUGUAUGGACAAAAUCAAUAUUUUGCACAGAACAAAGCAUAAAUCUAUAAGCAGAAACCUCUUUUGUAUUAAAUAAUUUAUUUUAAUAGAGAUAUUCUGGUGCUUUUAUUGCUGGGUGGCUUUUAUUUUGUUACACCCUUCGGCGCACAUAGUUGUUGGCAAAAACAACUCUUGUGGGAGAGAAAAGCCAAUAAUAAAGGACUAUACUCGA